ACAUUUUACUAGGAAAUGCUAGACAAGUUGGGAGAAGAAUUUAACAGUAGUGAAAUUCUCUUGUUCUUUGUUAGUGUCAUCAUGUCUGAGGACUGGGGUGCCGCUGAUGAUGCUGCGCCAGUAGUAGUUGCACCUGAAGUGCAGGACAUUAAACUCUUUGGAAAAUGGAGCACUGAUGAUGUGCAAGUCAGUGACAUCAGUUUAACUGAUUAUAUUGCAGUUAAAGAGAAGUAUGCCACAUAUCUUCCUCACACUGCUGGGCGAUAUGCCUCAAAAAGGUUUAGGAAGGCACAGUGUCCCAUUGUGGAGCGACUUGUCAACUCUAUGAUGAUGCAUGGCCGUAACAAUGGCAAGAAGUUGAUGACUGUCAGAAUUGUAAAGCAUUCAUUUGAGAUCAUCCAUCUGUUAACAGGAGAGAAUCCUCUGCAGGUUUUGGUCAAUGCCAUCAUCAACAGUGGCCCCCGUGAGGACUCCACCCGCAUUGGUCGUGCUGGUACAGUGCGUCGUCAAGCUGUAGAUGUGUCACCCCUGAGGCGUGUUAAUCAGGCCAUGUGGCUGCUCUGCACUGGUGCUCGUGAGUCAGCAUUCAGGAACAUCAAGUCCAUUGCAGAAUGUCUUGCUGAUGAGCUCAUCAAUGCUGCCAAGGGUUCAUCAAACUCUUAUGCUAUUAAGAAGAAAGAUGAGUUGGAACGUGUUGCCAAGUCUAACCGUUAAAAUAUCAAAACUGACAGCAGAACAUAAUAAAAAUUGUUUCUGAAUGGAA